AUGGGGGAUGACGUAGACCCACCAAUCCCGCCUGACCCACCAGCCCCCCAGAUGCUAUCAUAUCAGGGUCCAGGGACUUUUUGGCCAAAGACACACUUUCGCUCUCGUCUCUCUUUGUCUUUCCCUUGCACACCGGAGAGUCUUCCUGUACAGCUCAACUCGGCCAAGACGACAGGUCAUCUACGUCAACAACUUCAACCACGGAACCACGCACACGCAGGACAGGCAAACACAGCCGCGAUGAGCAAGAGCACCAAAUCCAAAGCGUCAGGGUCGGACCAGAUCCCAGCGAACUGGACCGCCCAGCGUCCUCACAAGUACUGUGGCAAGAUGGAUGCCGCCAGCCCGCGCAAGAAGAAGGCCAACAAGACACACCACUGCGAGGCCUGCGCUGCUAUCAAGGCCCACUCACAAAUCCUCGACUCCAAGGCCACAGCCAACCGCCGUGGGGAAAAGAUGGGCUGGUUAGCUGGUGACGGGGAUGGUGGCUGGGACUGA